ACAGUCUAUUUCCGUCCUCAACGGUGGAAAGUUUUGUGCAACUCAAGAUGCUUAACAUUGAGAAUUGUGAGAAUGUUGAAAAAGAAAUCUUAAUAGAAGGAUUAGCCAAUGAAGAAAUGAUAAGGCAGCGGUUGUUCCGUAGACUAGAAUUCUUAUUGCUCAAAGACCUUCCCAAACUAACGAGAUUCUGCCAUGGAAAUUACUUGGAAUUUCCCUUGUUGAGAACUCUUAGGAUAGAGAGUUGCCCUACACUAAAGACAUUCAUCUCCGAUGCAGAAGGAAACAGCUCAGAGAUUGCCUCCCCAACUCUCUUCAAUGAAAAGGUGACAUUUCUUUGCUUAGAGGAAUUGAGCAUCAUAGGUGCUGGAAACUGGAGAAAGAUAUGGCACGACCAGUUGAGCAACUCUGUGAGGAUUCACUUUACAAAUAAUUAAAUCUCC